UGUUAGAAAUUCAUAAAGCUUUACUUUGGAAGCCGCUGAUGUUAACCGGAAAUAAUUUAUACAACGUUAGCGUCACGCAGGCUAGCUUGACUUCCUAUCCAGUGGAAAAGGAAGUUUUUUCCUCACGUUUCUUAAUAAAUUGUGCCUUCUUUAUCUUGAAGCAGACUGUAGCCGCUGGGGAAGCCUUACAGAGGCCAAGCAGCAGCUGGAGUUAUUAGGACUGGGUGGACAGGAUGUCUUCUCCGGUGUACUACAACCACGACAGCGCUGUCCGCUUCAAGAAGAGAAAAGCUCGUUUUUCUUUCAGUGAAGUCCACGUCCUGCUGGAUGAAGUGAGGAAGAACCGUUCGGUGGUUGUGGGCAAAUUCAACCGAGGAAUACCAACCGACUCAAAGAAGCGCACCUGGGCGGAGAUUACAGCACGCGUCAACGAUAUCGGGGAGUGCCAACGGGAGGUCAUAGAGGUCAUCAAGAAAUGGUCCGACCUGAAGUGCGACACCAAGCGCAAAGUGGCGGCCAUGCGGUCGGGGACCGUGCCCAACAGGGGACUCAACUCGCGUCUCUCCCGAGACCUCACUCAGACGGAGAAGAUAGUCCUUCAGAUACUGGAGAUGGACGAAGACGACCAAAGCACCGGAGAGUGCGGUCCGCUGGGGGAUGACGACGACGUUCCCGAGGAAGAGGAGGAGAUGGAAGAGGAGGACAUGAUGGGCAUGCAGAGUUCUCCCAACGGCGGGGGGGACAUGUCGUCCAUGCCGCCGCCGCCAACUUCCUACGGGGACUCAUCACAGCCAGCUUAUGAUAUGCAGUAUGAGAUUCCCCCAACAGAAGAUACCGAAACCCCGUUUGGAGAUUCGGACGACGACCAGAGAGAAGACGUGCUUCCCUCCAAUCAGCCAGGAAAAUCCGCCGAAGCGCACCAAGUGAACAACGGCGUCCAUAAACACGUCCAACCGCCAAUGUCUGCCGGCGCUCCGGCCCCGGCUCCGUCGCCGGCGGUCACGCUCCCUGCGGCGGCGCACAACUCCAGGGACAGCCUGCUGCAGAACGCCGCCCUUAGCCUGCAGGAGCAGCACGCCACCAACAUGCUGCUGGAGACGGUGUCGCGCUCCCUGGAGCUGCUGGCCGAGUCUGUGCAGCAGCUGGCGGAGACGCAGCAGGAGUUUGUGCGCGAGUCGCUGCAGCUGCAGCGGGAGACGGUGCAGGUGCUCAGAGACUUCACGGGCGGAGCCAUCGCCCUCAUGCACGACAAACUGAACGGACGGCCGGCGUUAUAACACGACCCGGAGAGAGGUCGGCGAGCCGCGACACUGACUUUGUGCUUGGCCCUCAGGUGCAGGAACAUGAAGUUCUGUUGGUUGGCAGGUCUGCUUACUGUACUUUAUUUUGAAACUUUAUUGGUACAAACAGAAAUAGGACCAUAAAGUUUUGUUUUUGGUUUGUUUUUUCUUUUUAAUUUGCUACUGAAGGUGGGAUUCCUCCUGCCUCGUUUUUCUAAAUUAAGCCCCUCUUUUGAAACUUUUACUUUAACACGAUAAUGGUAAAAUAAAAGACAGAGAAAAGGGUGAUUUCUUUUAAGAAAAAUCUUCUCGUCAUUUUGUGUGCUGUUUUGCUGUAACCUUCCUUUGCCUCGGUGUCUGGAGAUUACCACAUGUACUGUGAUGGUUGAGUGGCCGUCUGCACCUGACCAUCAUAUGGUCCUUAUGUCUAGGAGCUGAAUAAGCUGGUAUUAGAUGCAUUGAAAAGAACUAUAUGUUAAGAGUUUGUGGCUGUCUGUUUUUUUAUAUUACACACAAACACUUGAAUUGAAAGGUUCUGAUGAGUUCUUUUGAAUAUGGAAUAAACCCAACAUGUAGAAAACUGAA